AACACAUGUUCAGCUACGAUCGUUAAUGCUAAUUUCAUCACCUCUUUUUUUGUCAUUAUAGAUUUAUAUAAAAAUGGUUUACAAAGAAGUAAUUUUAUUCCCUUUAUACCAGUAUUAAAGAGUCGAUGCAAUAUUUUAUGUUUGGAUUCUGGAAUAGAUUAUAGAAUGAGAGACAUCGUCCACAUAGGAAAAGUGUACUUUAGUUCUCAUGAUAAGAAAACAGAACAAGAGUUAGACUGGAUCUUCUCAAACAUGGCUGAACAAGAAGCCUUAACUGGCGACAUUGAAAUCAAGCCUCGAGAUAUCGAAAUAGUGCCGGGUGGCCGGACCAUCCAUGCACCCAUAACGUGCGGUCGAAUAGCGGACUUUACAUUUGAACAACUGUGUAUGAAGCCUGUUGGUGCAGCUGACUACCUGGCUCUCUGUAAACACUUUGACGUCAUCAUGGUUCGRGAUGUUCCACAAAUGACUCUAUUCAGAAAGACUGAGGCGAGACGGUUUAUUACUCUGAUAGAUGCUUUAUAUGAUAACAGGGUUCGGUUGAUUUGUUCUGCUGCGACCUCGCCUGCGGACCUUUUCCAAGCAUCACCUUUGAGUCCCAAGGAUAUCGAGGACCGUCGGAUGUUAAUGGACGAUUUACAGUUGUCAACGGAUAACAUUGAUGCCAAUGCUAGUAUAUUUACCGCUGAAGAAGAAAUCUUUGCAUUCAAAAGAACAGUUUCUAGAAUGGCAGAAAUGCAGACAGAAGAAUAUUGGAAAUCACAAACUCGACGAACACAAAAAGAGCAUUGACAACGCUAUAAGAAAUUGGAACUGACGCUU